AUGUUUAGACCCUGUACUUGGAGUCAGCGCGUAUGGACGAGAAGUAACCACAAUUCCGCGAUUCGGAAGUUUUUGAAGGAAAAUGAAGCCAUUGCAGGCUCAACUGUAUACCAAGGAAGUUUGUACGAACACACAGUAGCCAGAGAACUGGCUGAAAAACUGUCAAUGAAGCAGCUCGAAAUUUGCGGAGGGUCGUACGACGCUGGAAUUGAUAUUCGUGGGACUUGGCCGUUGGACAGAAUCUACAAUGCGAACAAAGACAAAUCCAGCAGUGUUUUAGUCGCCAAAAAAGUAAGCGUUUGUGGAGCCCAAUUCAAGCCUAUUAUACACAGACUGGGGACUCCCAACAAACCGUUCAAGCCCUUGAACGUACUAGUUCAAUGCAAAGCCUUCAGCAGCGCGAAGAUUACGGGGAAAGAGGUUCGCGAAACAAUGGGUGCAUUUUCGUCUGCGGUGCCUGGCAAUAAAAGAAACCAGUACAUGCUGGUGCUCGCAUCGCCCAAUUUUUUAACACGAGAUGGGCUGAAUGUCAUGAACGGUUUGGCGAUCCCGUUGAUCUACACGCGGGUCGAAAUGUUAAAACCACACCAAGGAUGGUACGACGUGGAAAACUCCGGGAAGCUACAAAACUACUAUGAAAACGCAUAUGCUGCAGGUCUCUUGGAAGGCUGUGGGGUAUCUCAUUGGCUCAAGUUUCGACAGUACAAUCGGGCUACGUGA